AUGACGAGAAGAAUUGUUCGCACAAUAACCCAGCUGGCAGCGUUAACAGCCCUCACCAUUGUCGUCGUCUACUUCCUCGAUAAUCAAUUUCGCGUCCUGCCUUCCGCUAUACACAAUGUUAUGCCCGCGCAUCACCCAGGACUGGUCAUCACAGACAUCACCGUCACAUCAUGCUCGCAUAUAAACCUCUUCAGCAGCUGCAAACUGGACGCCAACGUGUGGCACCGCGUUGAGAAAGACUUGUACCUUCGCAGUGGAUGGGUCUCGAGCGCAUACGUACAUGUAAAGCGGAAGAAGGAAGAGGAAUUGCUCGCAGACGACAAGGUCCUUGUCGACAUCUCGGUCGGCAGACUAGAUCCGUCGAAUGGACAAAAGGGAGAAGCAGAUGAACGAUGGGAAUCAAGGCCAGCGGGGCUCUGGAUAAAACGAUCGGCGAAACGACACGCGAGCGAUUCCCAAGAUGCGAUUACCGCUGUAGAUGUUUUGUUUGGCGCCGAUGCUGUAGAUCCACGGGACCGAUGGUCAAUGGUCGGCACACCACUUUUGCUGGAUACAUCCGGGGAGGUUCAGGAAGCCCGAUUGAGUGUCAGAAGAGGGAAGCCUUCAAGUCCUCCGAAAGUCAUACCACGAAUAGACGGAAACGGGAAAUUCAAGAUCAUGCAGGUGGCAGACUUACACCUGAGCACUGGAACUGGGCAUUGCAGAGAUGAGCAGCCUGUUGGGCUAAAUGGUGGAAAAUGCGAAGCAGAUCCGCGAACUUUGGAAUUCGUUUCACGCCUCCUAGAUGAGGAGAAGCCCGAUCUCAUCAUCCUAAGUGGCGACCAGGUCAAUGGAGAGACAGCUCCAGAUGCGCAGAGUGCAAUCUUCAAGUAUGCGGAACUCUUUGUUGAGCGCAAGAUUCCUUAUGCCUCUAUCUUUGGAAAUCAUGAUGAUGAAGGGUCCCUCCCUCGAGCGCAGCAGAUGGAUUUAGUCGAAGCCCUGCCAUACUCCCUCUCCCUAGCCGGGCCAGAAGAUAUUGAUGGGGUAGGAAACUAUUAUGUGGAGGUUCUUGCACGAGGAGGCUCUAAACAUUCCGCCCUGACCAUCUAUCUUCUGGACACCCAUGCAUAUUCGCCAGACGAACAUUCAUUCAAGGGAUACGACUGGCUGAAGAAGAACCAGAUUAAUUGGUUCAAGGAGACUGCGCAAGAUUUGAAGAAGGCGCAUCAAGGAUACACGCAUAUUCAUAUGGAUCUAGCAUUCAUCCAUAUACCACUGCCAGAGUAUAAUGAUGAAGCGCUACCUCGCAAGGGAGCAUGGAGAGAGGGUGUAACGGCGCCUGGAUUCAAUUCAGGAUUCAGGGAUGCCUUGGUUGAAGAAGGUGUCGUGCUUGUUAGUUGUGGCCACGACCACGCGAACGAAUACUGUGCCCUUUCAAGCAACGAAAAUGAUAAUCCGGCGCUCUGGAUGUGCUACGCAGGUGGUGCGGGCUUUGGGGGCUAUGGCGGAUACGGAGGCUACCACCGACGGAUACGCUUCUUCGAUAUCGACAUGAACGAAGCGCGGAUAACGACCUACAAGCGUAUUGAGUAUGGCGAUACGGAGCACAGGGUCGAUGAGCAGAUUAUAGUUGAGGGAGGACGUGCUAUCUCGCUUCAAGAGUAG